GCGCUCCGCCCCCGGGUUCGCUCUCCGGUCCGCAGUGGAAACAGUGCCCUCUCCCUUCUUGACCCCUGGUCCUCUCUCCCCUCCCUUCCUCCCUCCCUCCCGCCGCCGCGGUCGAUUUUGGCGCUGCUGCUCCCGGAGGCGCUCCCGGCUCGGCGAUGGGGUCUCGGGCCUCCACGUUGUUGAGGGACGAAGAGCUCGAGGAGAUAAAGAAGGAGACUGGCUUUUCCCACAGUCAGAUCACCCGCCUCUACAGCCGGUUCACCAGCCUGGACAAAGGAGAGAACGGGACUCUCAGCCGGGAAGAUUUCCAGCGGAUUCCAGAACUAGCUAUCAACCCGUUGGGGGACCGGAUCAUCAAUGCCUUCUUUCCAGAGGGAGAGGACCAGGUAAAUUUCCGUGGAUUCAUGAGAACUUUGGCUCAUUUCCGACCUAUUGAGGAUAACGAAAAGACCAAAGAUGUGAAUGGACCAGAACCACUCAACAGCCGAAGCAACAAACUUCACUUUGCUUUUCGACUAUAUGAUUUGGAUAAAGAUGACAAGAUCUCCCGUGAUGAGCUGUUACAGGUGCUACGCAUGAUGGUUGGAGUGAAUAUCUCUGAUGAACAGCUGGGCAGCAUUGCAGAUAGGACCAUCCAGGAGGCCGAUCAGGAUGGAGAUAGCGCCAUAUCUUUCACAGAAUUUGUUAAGGUUUUGGAGAAGGUGGACGUAGAACAGAAAAUGAGCAUCCGAUUUCUUCACUGAAGGACUGAGACCAAACUUCCUUGCUUUCUAGUAUUUAAGAACUGGAACUUGAGAGUCCUCCCAUCCACCAGCCCCACCUCCAUCCCAUCAGUCCCCUUCUCCCAAAGUACUAUUGCUGUUGCAUGACAACCCCAAAUAUGUUCGUCACCACAAACCUGCCUUUGGUGUAUAAACAGGGCAUUACAGAAUGGUACAUCCGGUCUACUUCUGUCUGCUAUCACUCGUCAGUUAUCUCCCCCGUGCUGCUGCUGAAUGCCACAUGUCCGUGUAGGCUGAGAAAAUGAGCGAGGGAAUCAUGCCAAGAAUCAGCCAGCAAAGCUUUCACUGGGUGUAGACUGUAGCCAGGCUGCCUUCCCUCCAGCUUGGCUUCAGCAUGCUCCUUCCUCCUUUUUAAUGUGUCCCUUGAUUUCUGCUUCUACUUCUCUGUCAUCCAAUGUUGCAAUCACAUUGUUUUUCAUUCUCCCUGAUUUUUAUUAAGCUUCAAUUCCUUCUGUUUACUUGGCACCCCACUUAUGCUUGUUAAGUGUAUUCCUGACUUGACAGGAUAGCUUGGUGGUCUGGCAGUUUUCAUCUACCUUUCCUCUUGAAUGGGUCUGUGAGAGAUUGCAUCUCUAGGAGCUUUUCGGUAACCAAGACUUUUCUCAGAAGAAUGUGACCAUCUCUUGGUCCCCUGCACUCUGCUUGGUAAUCAAAGGACUGUUGGUUAGAGAUGUUUGGUAAAGGUGGUGACCUUGACGAGAGGUGUAGAGCCUAGUCUUCAGGUGGCUUGCCCAGGUCACUCUACCUCUGGCCUCUGAUUCUAAACAUAUGUACCUACAUGAUGGAUCUUCUUAGUGCAGUGUUGAUUCUUCAGAAAAUAGCCAUAUGCCUGCAGGUUUGGUUAGUUCUGGGACACUGUCACCACCAGAAUGGCUGCUGUGACAGGAUGUUUGGGGACUUGCUCAUGGCUUUUUGAACAAGGUAGCUGGGCACCGUGAAAGCCUCGUGUGUUCCCACCUCUGCAGCAUGAUUUAUGCCUCAGUGUUAUGUGCCCUGGAAUGUUUUUUCACUUCACAUUUCCAAGUAGUGGAAACACAUUAGUGUUACGGAAGUGCCUAACUUAUCCCAGUCCAGGAGAUUUAAAGAUUGUCCUCAGUGUCUUGAAGUUUGCACAAAAUUCUCUAUGGAUUUCACACUCGGCAAACGUUAAUGCUGGAAGCUAUAGUCAGCUCUUCACAGAGGUCCAAAGCAUUGAAUGUAUCAUAUCAUUAGCAGCCUGCUUACAUUGACUUACCAACUCCACUCCUAGACUACUGCUGAUCCCUUAGAAACAGGGAAACUGGCACCGGUGGCACAACCUGAGGUGAUAUCAUAGGCCUUAGUAUGAGCCAUAGCAACUUCUCUGCCUAAGUCAGCUUAUACAGGCUCUUCGAAUCAGGCUGUUUCCAUCCUAAUGUCUAUUUUUAUGAGUCUGUUCGUCCUUAUAUCUGCCCCUGGAUGGCUUUCUCUGACUCAUUGCUUGCUUGCUUGUUUCCUUGCUUUGGAAGACUGUCCAAGAUGUGUAUACAUAAUACUUUAGGAAGGGAGUUGCUGGGGGAAAGAAAAAUUCCAAGCUUGGGAAGAGUAGGAAAUAGAGGAGUAGCCAGGCUGGAUGAUGGAAGUCCACAUGGCUGAGGAAUUCUUGAUGAAGUAUCGUUCUGACUUUGUGAUAAAGUGAUGUAUUAUAAGAAUUGUAUAAAAAAGAAGAAUGGUCUGACACUGAUCUGUUAGAAAGAUACUUCAGAGGCUCCUUGACUUGCGUAUUUAAAGGUCCUAAGAUUAUGGCUUUUUCCUCCUUUUGGCUGUGUAGCAAACUGUUUUAAUCCACAGUUGUGCCUUAUUGUUCCAUUAAAAUUGUAUUCUUUGACCCAUCAAUAAAUACUUGUGGUUAAAAUAAAUAACUUGCUUGACUUUGUCCAUGUGUUU